UGUUCCCACCACUACCCUCCCCAUAUCUGUCUUGGAGGUCCUAAUAAAUGGCUGCAUGUUUGUGAACUUAUCAUAUUCCCGCACGCUUGAGUGAAGAGCCCAGAAGGUCAUGGCUUCCAGCUUCUCAGAGCUGAGUCUCCAGCAGAGGAAACAGAAAUGACUGUCGGGGGUCUUGCUCCAGGUCUGUUACGAAGACUGAGCCUUCGCACGGUGCGAGCUUGCUCAGGACAGGAGAGUCUCUCUCUUUGAAGGGCUUUACGUUCGUUACAAAGAAAAUAAAGAUGACGACUUCGUCAAUCAGACGGCAAAUGAAAAACAUUGUGAACAAUUACUCAGAAGCCGAAAUAAAAGUGCGGGAAGCCACCUCCAAUGACCCCUGGGGCCCGUCCAGCUCCCUGAUGACCGAGAUCGCGGACCUGACCUACAAUGUGGUGGCCUUCUCAGAGAUCAUGAGCAUGGUGUGGAAGCGGCUCAAUGACCACGGCAAGAACUGGCGGCACGUGUACAAGGCCCUGACGCUGCUGGACUACCUCAUCAAGACGGGCUCUGAGCGGGUGGCCCAGCAGUGCCGAGAGAACAUCUUUGCCAUCCAGACCCUGAAGGACUUCCAGUACAUUGACCGCGACGGCAAGGACCAGGGCAUCAACGUGCGUGAGAAGUCGAAGCAGCUGGUGGCCCUCCUCAAGGACGAGGAGCGGCUGAAGGCUGAGAGGGUCCAGGCCCUCAAAACCAAAGAGCGCAUGGCCCAGGUUGCCACCGGUAUGAGCAGCAACCAGAUCACCUUUGGUCGCGGCUCCAGCCAGCCCAACCUCUCUACCACCUACUCGGAGCAGGAGUAUGGCAAGGCUGGGGGAUCACCAGCCUCCUAUCAUGGCUCGCCCGAGACCUCGCUGUGCCCCCAGCACCGCACGGGGGUCCCGCUGGGUCAGAGCGAGGAGCUGCAGCCGCUGAGCCAGCAUCACCCCUUCCUGUCGCACCUGGGGCCGGCCUCCCACCCAAAUGGUGACUGGUCCCAGCCCUGCCUCACUUGUGACCGCGCAGGCCGAGCCACUUCCCCUCGGGUGUCCUCUGAGCUGGAGCAGGCCCGGCCCCAGACUAGCGGAGAAGAGGAACUGCAGCUGCAGCUGGCGCUUGCCAUGAGCAGAGAAGUAGCUGAGCAGGAAGAGCGCCUCCGGCGGGGUGAUGAUCUCAGACUGCAGAUGGCCCUGGAAGAAAGCCGGAGAGACACCGUUAAAGUUCCAAAAAAGCAGGAGCCCAGCUCCUACCCACAGCAAACCACUCUGUUGGAUUUAAUGGAUGCCCUCCCCAGCUCAGGCCCUGCUGCCCAGCAAGCUGAGCCCUGGGGCCCGUCAGCCUCAGCUAACCAGACCAACCCCUGGGGUGGGCCCGCAGCCCCAGCCAGCACUUCGAAUCCCUGGCCGUGCGGUGCCAAGCCAGCUUCCUCUGUGGACCCAUGGGGCGUUCCCCCCGGAGCCAGCACACACUCCAGCUCCACGAGCUCAGAUUCCUGGGCAGCCCCGCAGCAGCCUGCCCAUGGUGCCGAGAGGGCAGCGGACGCCUGGGCAGCAGCCUCUGCCGCCAAGCCUGCGGCCGCCUCUGGGGCCUUCGAUCUCUUCAGUAAUUUGAAUGGGACAAUUAAAGAUGACUUUUCUGAAUUUGACAACCUCCGAACGUCAAAAAACACAGCUGAGGCGGUGGCCUCUCUGCCAUCCCAAAAAAGUGGAACUACAAGCCCUGACCCCUUUGAGUCUCAGCCCCUGACUGUGACCGCGAGCAAGCCCAGCAGCGCCCGGAAAACCCCAGAGUCCUUCCUGGGCCCCAACGCGGCCCUGGUGAACCUGGACUCCCUGGUGACCAGGCCAGCCCCGCCGGCCCAGUCCCUCAACCCUUUCCUGGCACCAGGUGCAGCUGCGGCUUCGGGCCCUGUCAACCCAUUCCAGGUGAACCAGCCCCAGCCGCUGACGCUGAACCAGCUGCGGGGGAGCCCCGUGCUGGGGACCAGCGUGUCCUUCGGGCCUGGCCCAAGUGUGGAGCCCAUGGCUGUGGCCUCCAUGACCUCCACAGCCUCACACCCAGCGCCAUUGGGCCCUGCCACAAUGAACAUGGUGGGCAGCGUGGGCACCCCCCCAACGGCAGCUCAGGCUACUGGCACAACCAACCCUUUCCUUCUCUAGUGCCCAGGCCUGGGGCCCACCCAGAGCAAAUGCCCGCGCGCCUGUGCCCAGGACGCCAGCCGAGACUCACUGCGGGGCCGUGUCAGGGCCGGGGGUCGGUGCCAAAGGUCGUCUGUACAGCCCCGUCCUCAGGCGUGAGCAGGCGGCGUGCUGAGCCUCAGAUCACCUUCUGGCGCCUGCUCACCCUGACCCAGCCUGGGCACCCUCACCUCCCAAGUGCAGGGUCCUGACUCUUGGGGGCCGCCCGGCUCUGCGGGGCCUGGUCAGGGGGCAGCAGUCCUCAGUGUUGCCCUUGCCGUUAGCCUCAGCCUGAGGGUCUCGGGGACACAGCCUCGCCCAGGACCUGGGACGGCCGCCUUGUCUUUGCCCUUCGCCCCCAGCCCUGCCGGCCCAGGUGUGGUUGGAAGGAAAUGCUGGCUCCAUGAGACACGGACCUUUAGGGGAAGUGGUUGUGCAUCUUUUUCUUUGACUCGUGUGUGAGUUCAAAGUAAACACCACCUGGGACGACUCACGUGCAGGCCACUAGAGCGAGCUUUAAACUAACCUGAGCAUAACCCUCCACGCGGCUCGAGGCUUGUGUAUGUUUGCACAUGUUUUGUUUAGUACAGUUUCAUAUUUGAGUUUGCAGAAUUAUCUAACAGUCUUUUUUGGCUAAUAUUUUUAUAACGUGGUUCUUAUUUAACUGUCUAGUUUUGAUAGAAUUUACCGAGUCUGACUGAAUUAAGAUAUUGGCACAUGUUAUGUUAGUAGUUUAAAUUCUCUUAUUUAUGGUUUUAACUCUAUAAGAAAAUUUAAAUAGGAAGAGACAAAAAAAAUGCCUUAUGGAAAACUAAAGUAAAUUCUUUAUAGAAAAAAAAUUUGAGAGUUUGAUUACACUUAAAAGAUGUUUAUUUAAAAAAACACUAAACAACAAAAAACUCUAGCCUCCAGUUGCCUUUUCCUUUAAUUCCCUUUUUUGGUGAAUUACCAAACUGAUUAACUUUCAGCCUUUUUGGCUAGAUGCUAAGAAAGAACUAUUUUUCUUACUGAUACACCAGCAUCAAGAAAGUUAAAGAAAAAAUCUCAAGUUUGAAUUUGACUCCCAGUGUUUAUCAGCUGAUUCCUUUUUGUAACUGAGGGCGUGCAUGUUAGCGGGACUUCCGCUCCCAAUGGGAAUGUGAGAUGGAAGAGACAUCUGGGACCACUUGUCUGUGAUCUCCUGUCUGAUACUCGCUCAGGUGAAGACGGGGGGAGGGGGGAGGCAGAGAUGGCCGUUGGUUGGGGGCAGUGGCUCCCCGGAGCUUGUGGCUGAGACGGGGCGGGCGAGGGACCAGGGCUGGCCCUGACUCUGCUAACUCCAGACACACAGCACAGACUUAAAAUCCAUCAUCUCUUAUUUUGGAGAAGAAAACAGUGAUCCUCACCCAGGAUAGAUAUUUAACAAACACGCCCGUGUAUUAUCUCCUCUCCCCUCCUGCCCCUUGCCCAGCCACCACUAUAAAAAGUAUUAGGUCAUAAACUAAGGCCCAGAAAAGAUCGGCCUUUCCCUAGGGAAGGGGCCUUCUCCUCACAUUCCACUGUGGGUGCCCUAGCCCUGGCCCCAGGGCAGCAGGCCACCGUGGGCCCUCUGAGCAGGGGCCUGGGCCCUGCCUGGCUGUAGGAGGCAUGCAGGCCGCGCCGACUGCCUCUGGGCCCCUUGCGUUUCCUGCUUCCUACUCACAGGGCUGCUCCCAGAGGCUCCUGGGGCUUCAGGCUGGGCCUGGGGAGGGGAGAGGCAGUGGACUGGGGCAGGUGCUUCCCCAGGUGCCCCCAGCACGUUGAUGCCCCUGCAGUACGGCCCCAGGCCACCCGGACGCCUGCACUGAUCCUGCCACUGCCAGCCACUGCUCACGAGCUGCACACAGGCCCUCGCUCCCUCCUAAGGCUCCGGGUGGGGUCACCCCGUUUCCUCAGCCCCGGGGGCCGGUAGCUGGUUUUGAACUUGUGUCACUAUUGAUACGUAUUUACUGUAUAAAUAUAAUUUAUCAUUUGUAUCAUGA